GGAGCUCUUGUUCACUGAGCUGCACACACACGAGGCAGGUUCUGCAAAGAAGGAAAUAGCAGCACUGAAAUCUCCAGAACAAAGGCUCAAAGUAAGGUGCCUCUUUGACCUGGUCCUCCCGCCUCGAUGGAUUACACCCUGGAGCCCAACGUGACAACAGUAACUGACGACUACUAUCCUGAUAUCUUGUCAAGCCCCUGCGACGGGGAACUCAUCCAAAGAGAUAACAAGUUGUUACUUGCCAUCUUCUACUGUGUCUUGUUCGUAUUCAGUCUUCUGGGGAACAGCCUGGUCAUCCUGGUCCUCGUCGCCUGCAAGAGGCUGAGGAGCAUCACAGACAUAUACCUCUUGAACCUGGCCCUGUCGGACCUGCUUUUUGUCUUCUCCUUCCCCUUCCAGACCCACUAUCAGCUGGACCAGUGGGUGUUUGGGACGGCAAUGUGCAAGCUGGUCUCCGGUUUUUAUUACAUCGGCUUCUUCAGCAGCAUGUUCUUCAUCACCCUCAUGAGUGUGGACAGGUACCUGGCCGUUGUCCACGCUGUGUAUGCCAUGACGGUGAGGACGGCCAGAAUGGGCACAGCCCUGAGUCUGCUCAUGUGGCUGAUUGCCAUCGUGGUCACCAGCCCGCUACUGGUAUUGUACCAAGUGGCCUCCGAAGACGGCGUUCUACAGUGUUAUUCGUCUUACAGCCAGCAGACUCUGAAGUGGAAGAUCUUCAUCUACUUUGAGAUUAACAUCUUGGGUCUGCUGGUCCCAUUCACCAUCCUUAUCUUCUGCUACGUGAGCAUCCUGCACCAACUGAAGAGUUGCCAAAACCACAACAAGACCAAGGCCAUCAAGCUGGUGCUCAUUGUCGUGGUCGCUUCUUUGCUCUUCUGGGUCCCGUUCAAUGUGGUCCUCUUCCUCACGUCCCUGUUCAACAUGAAGAUCCUGGACGGAUGUGUCCUGAGCCAGCGGCUCAUUUAUGCCACCCAUGUCACAGAAACCAUCUCCUUCACUCACUGCUGCGUGAACCCUGUGAUCUACGCUUUCAUGGGCGAGAAGUUCAAGAAACACCUCUCAGAAAUAUUCCAGAAGAGCUGCGCCCACAUCCUUCUCUACGCAGGAAGACAAAUCCCCAGGGAGGGCUGGGACAGGUCCUCCUCCUCUUGCCAGAACCCCCUCCGGUCCUCCAGCAUAGACUACAUUUUGUGAGGAGGGGGCCCGGAAGCAGGCCUCUGCCUUCCUCCCUGCUCUUCCUUUAGGGGACACAAGUGAUUUCAAGCUAGAGUCUGAGGCUAUGUGAAGGGAGACUCUGAGAACCGGGGUUACGGGGACGCCUGGGCGGCGCAGUAGGUUGAGUGUCUGGUUUCGACGCAGGUCGUGAUCUCACGGUUUGUGAGU